AUGUCAGGUUUACUAUGGUACAUGGUGGUUUUUACAGCUAGACAUGGUUAUGCACAGCCAUUAGGCUACGGUUAUAGCAAAAGGGAAGGAAAUAACGGGAAUAGUAAUGAUUUGAUGACUGUAUUCUUGUUUUCAGUGGUGACAUUCAGUGUGAUGGUGACGUUUUUUGGAAUAAUAGUUUUCGUAGUUAAAAGACGGAUUAGGUUGACAGAAAGAGAGAUGAUCAGAGAAGAAGAAAACCAGGUAUAUCUUGAGUUAGAUUCGGACGAGCAGGAGCUAUAUUUCCAGUCAAAGGAAUACCUCAACAACAACCCCUAUGUGAGAGAUGAGUUGACGUUGUCGCAAAAUUUGGCAAUACAGGAGAAAGGAGUGAAGGCGUGGGAAUUUGUGAAAGAUCCUAUGUUGGCAAAUAAUGAUAUGAUGAUUUUGAACCGCUACGAGAUCACAUUUUUCAAGAGGUUUGAGUGCUCGACGCAAACAAACUUGCCAAUACCGAUGAAAAACGACGUGUACUACUUCGAGAGUAAGAUGCACCAUUUGCCACACCCAGAAGAUACAGUGGUAUCUAUUGGACUCGGUAUUAAGCCAUAUCCGUGGUUCAGAUUACCAGGACGACACGCGAAUUCAGUGAGUUAUGACUCAGAUGGAUACAGGCGCUAUAAUCAGCCAUUCAAGAUCACCAACGACCCUCAAUUUCCUAAAUUCAUAGAGGGCGAUGUGAUAGGGGUUGGAUAUCGUGUCAGAAGCGGAACGAUAUUUUUCACUAGAAACGGGAAGAAAGUGAGUGAACUGAAAAUUGGGGGCCAUAUUAAGAACUUCAAAAUUUUGCAUAAGGGUCAAAUAUUUCCUAUCAUUGGUGCUAAUAAUUUAUGCUCGGUACAUGUAAAUGUUGGCCAAAUGGGUUACGUGUUCAUAGAGGGUAAUGUGAAGAAAUGGGGCUUUGGUCCUCUUGAAGGGAAUGGUCCGGCACCACCAGCAUACAACAAAUUUAAUGCAGAUAUUUUACUUGAAAGAUCAGAGAUCGAUGACCUGAAUGAUUUAAGCGAUCGUGAUGAUGAUUUCCCUCCUAAUUUCUGGGAAAUCAAUCCUAUCGAUGAUGACGAUAUGAACGAUAAGUACAGUUAUAAUGCAUACAGUGACUCCAAUUCCAAUCAUGAGAGGAUAACUUUAAAUAGCAUCCCUAUAAAACCCCCUUCAUAUGAUGGGGACCAUGGGCUGACUGAAGACAUAAAUAAUGGUCUGUCUUCCACUGAAGCCCACCCCACUCACGAUAACCACGAAUCAAAUGAUGCAAACGACACAAAUGACGCAACGCCUGAUAGAGACCCCGAUAAUAGUAGAUAA